AUGGCACCGGCUCGCAGCCUUCGCUCCCGAGGAACCAUGAACGAGAACGAUGAAAACGGACCCUCGACGCGUCUGACGCGGGCAAAGGCCGCCCUCGGAGAUGGACCUGCAGAUGCAGUCAAGAAACCGAUGCAGCCCAUCAAGCGUGCCUCGUCGACCACGAAUGGACCCCCACGCCGGCGAGCCGCUCUGGGCGAUGUCAGCAAUGUCAACAAAACUGAUGGUGCUGAGGUCAAGGAUGGUAAGAAGCCCGUUGCAGUAAAGGCGGGUCUUGCUUCGAAGGCCACCACUCAGGCUGGCGCCAUCAAGAAAGUCACUCGCACGAACUCUACAAGGGCAGGUCCUCUCAAGCCCCGCAGCGACAACCCCAAGAAGUCCCCAAAGAAACAUGUUCACAGGUUGAUAAAGGAGGAGUUGUUGGAGGAGCCCGCUCUUAAGAAGCACCACGGCACUACCAAAUCCAGUAUCAAGGAGCACGAUAUCAAACACGAGCUCAAACACGAUCUCACUGUUACAGAGGAACCCGAGAUUACUGUCAAGGGUGGUAAGGCUCCAGAAGAAAAAAAGCAGGACUGGGACGACCUCGACAUUGAAGACUUGGAGGACCCUUUGAUGGUCGCCGAGUAUGUUGUAGAAAUUUUCGAUCACCUGCAGCAGCUUGAGCUCUCGACCCUGCCCAACCACGAAUACAUUAAUCACCAGCCCGAUUUAGAGUGGAAGAUGCGUGGUAUCCUGGUCGACUGGUUGAUUGAGGUGCACACCCGCUUCCGUCUGCUUCCCGAGACCCUUUUCCUUGCUGUCAACAUCAUUGACCGCUUCCUGUCUGAGGAGCAAGUUGCUCUGGAUCGUCUGCAGCUUGUUGGUGUCACUGCCAUGUUCAUUGCAUCCAAGUAUGAAGAGGUCCUCUCUCCUCAUGUUGCCAACUUUAGCCAUGUCGCCGAUGAGACCUUUUCCGACAAGGAAAUCCUGGAUGCCGAGCGCCACAUCCUUCAAACCCUGAACUACAAUAUGAGCUACCCUAAUCCGAUGAACUUCCUGCGUCGCAUCUCCAAGGCCGACAACUACGACAUCCAGACCCGAACCCUCGGCAAGUACCUCAUGGAAAUCAGCCUCCUCGACCACCGAUUCAUGUGUUACCCUCAAAGUCAGAUUGGUGCCGCUGCCAUGUAUCUUGCUCGUCUGAUUCUGGAGCGUGGGGCCUGGGACGCCACUCUGGCUCACUACGCUGGAUACACCGAGAAAGAGAUCGACCCUGUCUUCCGCUUGAUGAUUGACUACCUCCAUCGUCCUGUCUCCCACGAAGCUUUCUUCAAAAAGUACGCUAGCAAGAAGUUCAUGAAGGCUUCCAUCCUCACACGCCAGUGGGCCAAGAAGUACCACCACUUGUACAUCGACAGCUCGCUUUCGGAGCCAUACACCUACAUCAAGGAAAGCGAACAGUAA